AUGUCUGCCUCUGGGUCCCCAGGGGCUCACGCCUGGAAGGCCUGUGGGGCCAUUGCUGACAGCGACAAAGGCCCUCGGUGUCCCGGCAACGGCACCGUCUGUGUCCUGCUGUCCUUCCCCUUCAUCUUCAGCCCGUGCCUGGGCUGCGGGGCAGGUACCCCGGAGUGGGCCGCCCUCCUGUACUACGGGCCCUUCAUCGUGAUCUUCCAGUUCGGCUGGGCCGCUGUGCAGAUCGCCCACCUCAGUCUCAUCCCGGAGCUCGUCACCAACGACCACGAGAAGGUGGAGCUCACGGCCCUCAGGUACGCCUUCACCGUGGUGGCCAACAUCACCGUGUACGGUGCCGCCUGGCUGCUGCUCCGCCUGCAGGGCUCCCCGCACACGGACGUGGCCCGGGAUGUCCGCGACCAGCUGGGCGUCCAAGACGUGCGGGUGUUCCAGAACCUGUCCCUGCUGGUGGUCGGAGUGGGCGCCAUCUUCUCGCUGCUGUUCCACGUGGGCACGAGGGAAGGGCGCCGGCCGCGGGCGGAGGAGCCCGACGAGCACAGCCCGCUGCUGGCCCCGCCCACCGCCCAGCCCCUGCUGCUCUGGAAACACUGGCUGCGGGAGCCCGCCUUCUAUCAGGUGGGCCUGCUGUACAUGAGCACGAGGCUCAUCGUGAACCUGUCCCAGACGUACAUAGCCAUGUACCUCACCUACUCGCUCAACCUGCCCAAGAAGUUCAUCGCCACCAUCCCGCUGGUGAUGUAUGUCAGCGGAUUCUGCUCGUCCUUCCUCAUGAAGCCGGUCAACAAGUGCAUCGGGAGGAACCUGACCUACUUCGUGGGCCUCCUGGUGAUCCUGGCCUUCGCCGCCUGGGUGGCGCUGGCAGACAGGUUCGGCGUGGCCGUGUACGUAGCCGCCGUGCUGCUGGGCACGGGCUGUGCCACGAUCCUCGUCACCUCGCUGGCCAUGACGGCCGACCUCAUCGGCCCCCACACACACAGCGGAGCCUUUGUGUAUGGUGCCAUGAGCUUCUCGGAUAAGGUGGCCAACGGGCUGGCGGUCAUGGCCAUCCAGAGCCUGCAUCCCUGCUCGUGA